AUUUUCCGUUCAUCGUCAAACACAGCGCGCUUCUUUAUUUUAUUUGGAUGCGUUUUCUUUGUCUUCAAUUGUGUGUUGCGCGAAGUUAAACGAAUGAAAAAUCAAAAAAUGUUUCCAACUAAUCCUUAAAAAAAAACAAACCAAACGAAAAUGAUAAAAACUAAUUUUGAUCAACGCCCACGGAUGCCUAUGAUAAAAGAACUUGCCAUAUAACUUGCAACAUUAAGCGACGCCGCCGGAUCCAGUCCCAGUCAUUGAGGAAUAAAGAGAGUCUAUAAGAACUGUUAUAUUGCCAUUUUAAAUCGGUCGUCCAUUAUCCAUUAUCCGACUUGAACAAUGUCAGUUCUAGAGAGAAAGCAUUUUCUCUUCUGCACAAUACUAAUGACUUUUGUGCUGCUUUCGGCAUCAGCAGGUCGCGUUGCUGCAUCUGGCUUGCAAGGUGUGCCAACAUGGAUCUGCUUGGGACUAAGAUCGCCGUUUAUUGAAUUUGGAGCACAUGAGGAGCAGCUGUCGAAUACGAGUAUACCACUGAACAUCACCAAAGAUGAACAGGCCUAUAUGCAUCAGGAGGGGCUGCGCAAGCUGGGCACCUUCAUCAAGCCGGUGGAUUUGCGUGAUUCGGAGACCGGGUACGUUAAGGCCGAUCUCACCAAAAGACUGGAGACGCCCAGUGCCCAGGCACGGCGCAUUCAUCCCAUUCAGGAGGAGAUGGACCAGAAGCAAAUAAUACUCCUCGACGAGGAUACCGAUGAGAACGGUCUGCCAGCCAGUCUCACCGAUGAGGAUCGCAAAUUUAUCGUGCCCAUGGCCCUGAAGAAUGCAUCGCCGGAACUCCGCUGGCCGGUCUCGAAUAAAUCGCCCGUCGCAGCGAGUCCUCCAAGUCCAACGCGAUCUGCGUUCGCAACGGCAGCGAAACGGCGGAGUACAACAGCAGCUGUGUACACAAGCACAACGCCACCGCCCGAUCCCACAUCGAAUAUCGAUGAUCUUAAGAAGCACAUCCUGUUCCUGCAUAACAUGACCAAGAGCGAUAACAAUUUCGAGUCGAAAUUCGUGAAAUUCCCCAGUCUGCAAAAGGAGAAGCAAUCGGUGAAGCGUCCCCAAAGACCCGUGCUUCAAUAUGCGGCCCCAAUUGCGCCGCCCACACGCAAAGUACCGCUGGGUGCACAUACUCCGGGCCAAAGGCCAUUCGGUGGCUACUAUCACAACGAAGAGGAAUCAAUUGGUGACUCCAUUUCCAAAGAGCGUGGCAAAUUCGAUGUGCAUCUGCUAAGUGAUGAUCAGUCGACAACGACGACGACAACGACGACAACAACGACAACGACGACAGCGAAAAGUGUGCCGCUGACAACGAUGCCGACUCUCCUCCCGGAUAUGGCGGCAUCGGGCGCCAAGCGUACAACAAAACGUCCAGCUUGCCUGCGGAAUCCCGAUUCGCCGAAAUGCGUUCGCCAGCGUCAGCGGGAGGAGCAGCAGCGACAACGAGAACGGGAUGAAUGGUUUCGUGGCCAGGCGGAAUUUAUGCGACCACGCUUCGAGCCCAUCAUCCAGACCAUAAACAAUACGAAACGGUUUGCCGUCUCCAUUGAGAUACCCGAUUCGUUCAAAGUGCAUUCGGCCGAUGCACCCGAUCUGCAGAUCCUCUCGCGCGUCACCCGCUCCCAACACAAGCGUCGCAAUAUUGGCGGCGUACCCUCCGACCAGGAGAAGCUCUCGAAUCCAAGCAAUUACUUUGCCCAUGACAUUAUUAUGACGUCGGCGGGCGUAACCAAUGGUCGCGAAUUUAUGCUAGCCAACAUGCAACAGUUCGGCAUGAUGGUGCCAAAUAGUAGUGAGCAUGAGAACGAGACCACGCCCACACCCAUCGCCUAUUCAGAGACUAUCGAUCUAAAUCCAGAUAAUUGUUACACCCUCGACGGGCUAACGUAUGGACAGAAAAAGCUAUGCGCCCUGCACACAAGUGUUAUGCCCGCCAUAAGUCGUGGGGCGCGUGCUGCCAUCCAAGAAUGCCAAUUUCAAUUUAAAAAUCGUCGCUGGAAUUGCAGCACACCAGAUGAUGUAACCGUUUUUGGUCCCAUGACUGGCUUGGGGUCACCAGAAAUGGCUUUCAUACAUGCGCUGGCGGCCGCAACUGUUACCAGUUUUAUUGCCCGCGCGUGUCGAGACGGCCAGCUGACGUCAUGCGGCUGCUCGCGGGGCUCUCGACCCAAGCAGUUGCACGACGAUUGGACCUGGGGAGGCUGCGGUGACAAUCUCGAGUAUGCAUACAAAUUUGCAACAGAUUUCAUUGAUGUGCGCGAAAAGGAGACGCGUCGCGGAACUCGAGGUGCCGGCCAUCCCGAGCGUCGUCAAGCACAACAGCAGCAGCAACAGAUUCAGCAACAAAAACGUAAGCAGUUGGAAGCUAUUGAUAGUACGAAGGAGGCUAGGGAGUCGGAUAUGGCGACUCCUGGAAAUAGUAAACAGUCGAAAUUUGAUCAUGAGGCAGAUAAUAAAGCAACGGUAUCCGUUUUGUAUGAACUCCCCCCCAAAGCCAACAACAAUAAAAACAAAGAGCAACCGCAUCCUGAUAAAACAUCAACAACAAUACGUCCAUCGGCGACGUUAGUCUCAUCUUUGGCACCGCCCAGGCAAGAGGACUCCAGCGGAGGUGCCGAUGGAAACGAGCCACGCAUCAAUCCAGACGAUUUAUUGGAGCUGCAGGAGCGCAUUACAAAGGAGAUUCUCAAUUCAAAAUUGAAAGAAGCUGAAAUGCUUGAAUUACAGGAGAAAAUCAAUCGGGAAAUUUUAAACUCCAAGCUUUUCAAUGGAGAGAAUAGCGGAAAGCGUCGCAAACGCAAGCGCAAGAAUCAACGGGCCGUCAGCGGAGAGGCACCUGUACUAACGAAUACUAAUUUAAAGGCUCGCAGUCUUAUGAAUUUGCACAACAAUGAAGCCGGCCGAAGGGCCGUCAUUAAAAAAACACGCAUUACUUGCAAGUGCCAUGGAGUCUCGGGUUCUUGCAGUUUGAUCACGUGUUGGCAGCAAUUAUCCUCAAUCAGAGAGAUUGGUGACUACUUGCGCGAAAAGUAUGAAGAGGCUACUGAAGUUAAACUUAAUAAACGCGGUCGUCUACAGGUGAAAAACAGCCAGUUUAAGGUUCCCACGGCGCACGAUUUAAUUUAUUUAGAUGAGAGCCCCGACUGGUGCCGCACCAAUCGUCUCUUGCAGUGGUCAGGUACGCACGGGCGCGUCUGUAACAAAUCGUCGUCGGGGCUCGAUGGCUGCGGUAUCCUUUGCUGUGGCCGGGGCUACAACACCAAAAAUAUAAUCGUUCGUGAGCGCUGCAGUUGCAAAUUCCACUGGUGCUGCCAGGUUAAAUGCGAUGUAUGUACAAAAGUACUCGAGGAGCACACUUGUAAAUAGGUUAUACUAUAGGCAGCACACAGAACAAAAUGUCCAUUUGAUCACGAUUCACAUAACACACAUAAAUUAAAAGCAUAUUUAUAUAUAUAUAUAUCGAUUUAGAAUAUUAUUUAUUAAAUUUAAUUAAGUUACGUAUGGCUGUUGCCAAAUGGAUUUAUUCUGAACCACCCACUCAUUUACAAUCACGGCUAUUCCAUAAGGUUUAAACUUUAAAGUGUGUCUAUAUAUAUAUGGAUGGUACCCAUAUAGACCAAAAUAUAAGUAUGUAGUAUAAAAUUAGUGCAGUAAACAAUUUAAAAAUUCUUAUGACAAAUUAUAAAAUUGGAGAAUUCA